AUGGAUAUGCGCCGUUUGGCACAUCAACUAGCUCUUAAAAAUAAUAUAAAAAAUCCCUUUAAGGGUGGGUUUGCUGGGAGAUACUGGCUAAAAGGGUUUUUAAAACGACAUCAGGAGAUUUUAUCCAUAAGACAGUCAACUGGUACAUCUCAAGCACGAGCUAAUGGAUUUACUAAAGAAAGAAUGGACGAAUUUUACGACAAUCUUGAAAAAAUCCAGGCUGAUAAACAUUUCCCUGCUGCGCGCAUAUUUAAUGUCGAUGAGAGUGGUCUCUCAAUAGUUCAGAGUAAAAUACCGAAAAUUAUUGCUCGAAGAGGCAAGAAACAAAUCGGAGCAAUGACGUCAGCCAAAAUAGGAUCCUUAAUAACUGUUGUAAUUUGUAUGAGCCCUGCAGGAAUAUUUAUCCCACCCAUGAUUAUUUUCCCGCGUAAAAAUAUGUCUGAUGCUUUAAUGAGAGGAGCUCCAGUUGGUUCUAUUGGAAGAGCACAUCCAUCGGGAUGGAUCCAAACUUAUUUAUUUACACAAUGGUUUCAACACUUCAUAGAAUAA